AUAAUGGAGACAGUUUGGAUCGGAAGAUAUUUGUAUCAGUUGGAUUUUUCUUUAUUUAGAGUCAAGUGGGUUGUGGGGUUUUCGUUUGGAUAAUUUGUCCGGUUCGGGACUUUGAGUAAAAGUGAUUGGGGCCUUGUGCGGUAGUCUUGUGUGACAUAAACACAAAACCGCUCAGACAUCUCUCCGAACUCUGAGGAAACAAAAGAGAUGAAGCGGUUUGUGGCCGGGAGUCUGGCGAGUGGGCUGAUCAGCCGCGGCGGCGGCGGUUACAUGUCGGCGGCUGAGAUGAUGGCGAGGCCUGGUAGCAUGCAGGGAGUGAUGAUGAAUAAGCAGCAGAGUCAACAGUACUACUACUGGAGGAGUAGAAUGAUGAGCUCGGUGGCGGAGAAGAGCAAAGAGGUUGUUAACGGAGGAGGAGUGGGAGCGAUCAAGGAAGAAGAGAAGAAGAAGAAUGGUGAUGAGGAGAAAGGAACGGUGGAUAGCUAUUGGGGGCUGUCUAGGCCUAGUAUCAAGAGACCAGAUGGUACCGAUUGGCCUUGGAAUUGUUUCAUGCCAUGGGACUCUUAUGAGGCAGACGUGUCAAUAGACGUGACAAAGCAUUAUGUGCCAAAGAAGUUUUUGGAUAAAGUUGCGUACAGGACCGUGAAACUUCUUAGAAUUCCAUCGGAUAUGUUUUUUAAGAGACGGUAUGGUUGUCAUGCAAUGAUGCUGGAAACAGUGGCAGCUGUUCCUGGUAUGGUAGGAGGAAUGCUGCUGCACCUAAGGUCUCUCCGCAAGUUCCAGCAAAGUGGCGGUUGGAUCAAAGCCCUGCUUGAAGAAGCAGAGAAUGAGAGGAUGCACUUGAUGACCAUGGUGGAACUUGUACAGCCCAAGUGGUAUGAAAGACUUCUGGUUCUCGCUGUGCAGGGAGUCUUCUUCAAUGGCUUCUUUGGUGUAUAUCUUCUCUCCCCCAAACUGGCCCAUAGAAUUGUUGGUUACCUGGAGGAGGAAGCAGUAUACUCAUAUACAGAGUAUUUGAAGGAAAUUGAUAGUGGUGCAAUUGAAAAUGUUCCGGCUCCUGCUAUUGCAAUGGACUACUGGAAGCUACCCAAGGAUGCAACCCUUAAGGAUGUUAUAAUUGUAAUUCGUGCUGAUGAAGCUCACCAUCGGGAUGUUAACCAUUUUGCUGCUGACAUUCACUUUCAGGGAAAGGAAUUGAGAGAGGCACCAGCCCCUGUUGGUUAUCACUAAGAUGUAAUCUGUGAAGAUUCAAAUAGAUAAGGGGGUGUUUGGUACAUGUGUUUGAAAACAUGUAUGAAAACACGUGUUAGUGAAAAAGUGCGAAAAUGCGUAUAAUGUUGUUUAAAAACUGAAAACAUGUAUUGGAGUUUGUCUACCAAACAACCCCUAAAUGUUCAGGCAUAUAUAAUCUUGAAUUGCUUAUGGUGAGGACAUUUGUGUCUAUAGGAGCAUGUAUUGUUUUGUCAGACAAGUUUGAGAGGACGGAAUAUAUGGUAUGUGGAUUUUAAAUCCAAUUUGGUUGGCUUUAA